AUGUCGAUUAUGAGCUAUAAUGGUGGUACGGUUCUAGCCAUGGCUGGAGAUCAGUGUGUUUGCAUCGCCUCUGAUCUAAGAUUCGGCGAGCAAAUGCUUACAGUGGCCACUGGAAUCAAAAAGGUGCAUAAGUUAGGCGAGAAGGUUUAUAUUGGUUUUGGUGGAUUCCAUUCAGAUGGAAAAACAGUGCUUGACGAAAUUAUUUUUAGAAAAAAUCUUUACGAGUUGAGAGAAAAUAGGAAAAUCAAACCUGAGGUUGUUGCAACGAUGGUGUCUAAUCUGCUGUAUCAUCACCGCUUCGGUGGGUAUUUUACUGAACCAUUAAUUGCCGGUCUAGAUCCAGUAACUAAUGCUCCAUACAUAUGUGGUAUGGACACUAUUGGCUGCAUUGCAGCACCAAAAGAUUUUAUUGCUGUCGGAACGGGAGCUGAAUUCUUAUUAGGGGUUUGUGAAGGUUUUUGGCACGAAGGUAUGAAUUCGGAGGAAUUGUUUGAGGCAACUGCACAAUCGAUGCUUUCCGCGAUGGAACGGGAUGCUGCAUCUGGUUGGGGAGUAGUUGUUUACACGAUAACUAAGGACAAAGUUAACAUAAAAACACUGAAGGCUCGAAUGGACUAG